AUGCCACUAUGGUACCACCCCCCCGCGGUACCCGUCAACCUCGGCGCACCAGUCUACCCCGGCCCCCUCCUCUACCACCCCGCGCCAAUCCUCAUCGACCCCCGCCCCCAACACGCCCACGACACGCUCUACUGCGCCUGCCAAUUCAGCCUCGGCCCCGCUCCCCCCGCCCACUCCCACCACUGGUCCUCCACCACCACUGCCCCGCUGCCCGAGAAGCUUCACACAGUCAAGAAACAUGCCAGCUGGGCGGGGCCGUCAAGGGUCGAGAGAAGCACCACAGACGACGUUAGAGCCCUCAAUAUCCGAUUAUCCGGGGGCCAUCUCCGCGCUCACUACACUCCCACGGCGGAGAGGGUGGUAGAGGGGGCGGCGAAGGUUGUCUCGUUGGACGAGGCGACGGUUGAGCGCAUCAAGGCAGAGAUCAGGAGGGAUUUUGAGAGGGUUCGCCAUGGGAAGGACGGGCACGCAGAACAAGUACCCACUGUUCCAGCUCAGCCCGAGCCCACCAGCCUGCACGACCACAUCCACAUCAAGAACGACCCCGCCCCGUCGGGCGAGAUCUCUGAGUACGAGAAGGAAAAACUGGCAAAGAUCCGAGACGAAGUCCGCCAAGAGCUGGCCGCGACAUACGACGAGAAGAUGAAAGCCCUUGAAGCCCGCGAGCUCGACAUUCAGCGCCGGAUGGACGCGAUUCGGAAGAGGGAGGCGCAGUGGAUCGAGAGUUACGGUGAGGGGGUCAUUAAAGGAAAGCCUGCUGUCUCCAUCCGCCACCAUUCCGCACCAUCACUCGACGACCAGCCCUUCAUCUCUGACCUCGACGAUGCCAGCUCCAAGAACGACGCAUCAGAAUCCCCCGGCACCCCCAGCCCCAACGAGCGCCACCAGAACCCCCGCCCCAUGCGCUGGCUCUUCCGCGACCACGAGCUCAAAUCCUACCCCUCGCCCCCCCCACCCGGCAACGCAGAAGCACAGUCAUCCACCGCCGGCGACGACACCCCCACCUCCCCGCAAAGCUCCACCCUCCACCCCUCCGAAAGCACCACCGACAGCGUCAACGCCAACGUCGCCCACCUCACCGGCGCCACAAAGCCGACCCGUUUUUUCGGCAAGGCCUCCCACAUGUUCAACAGUCGGCCAUCGAGCAUGGUCGACGAAAACACCAAUAUCAAUGUGUUCCGAGACGUUCCAGCAGCCGAAGGUUCUUGUUACAACUUCGACUUUUUCGAUGCAGGCCCCUCCCGCCAGCCAUGGAAGUGGUUCGAGACUGGGCGGGCCGAGAACAUAUCGAAAGGCGCAGUAAUGGGGCCUACAUACAACAUCUCAUCCCUAAUCCCCAACCCAGAGGGGAUAAGUCUCAAGCGCUCAUACGACCCAGCCCCAGCAGAUACUGGCACGGCCGGGAACACAAACCCCGAUACCGCCUUCCAGCAGAAGCCGCCCUCGUCGUCAUGUUCCUCCUCCUACGUCAGUGCCCUGCGCGACCUCAAGCUCGACAACAGCUCGCCCAAGCCAACACCAAUGCCGCAGCCCACAUCAGGGAGCAGAGGGCCAAAAACCUCGCCGCCUCUAUCGCAGCGCACGUCGUCUUCACAAAGCACCGUGAUCAAGACCCCGCAGACGUCGCCCGCAGAGAAAGGACUACCAAAGCUGCGCGACCAUUUCACUGCAGCCGCAUCUCCGCUCACCAUGAAGGGCGGAUAUCCGCCCCGCAUGUCAGCAGCGGCGGACGUGAAGCAGCCGGUGUACGAAGAAGCCCCUCUGGUUAAGACGGAAUCAUGCGGCAGCGAUGUGUCAGAGGUGGCCGACUUGGAAGACCGUGAUUUCUCGUUCCGUGAGCCGUUUUACGACUGGUCGAUUCAUGACCGCAGACUUCACAAGAACCAGUUCACGUUUGUGACGAAGGGCGAAGUCUUUGGUGGUGAAUUACGGCCUGCAGUUCCUCCUCUACGUAGUGCGCCAGGUUCGGUCAAUUUUGAAUUUGGAGGGAAUUCAGAUCUGAGCACCAACUUAUUCCAGGCCACGAAAUACAUGAUGCGCGGCGCAAAGCUCACUACACGAGAGGAUACCAGCAUGACCGGCGGCGAGCUCAAAUGGCCUCCCUCGCCGACCGUCUACACCCUCAGCAGCAGCACCUCCAGCUCUGAUACUGGCGCACCUGAACCGCACCACGCCCAAAGCACCGCCGUGGAGGCCGACGGAGACCUCCUCCUCCCACCUACCAAGCGCCCACUCAACCCUCACCGCUCACCCACGAAAAGACCCGUGCCCCAGGAGCAGUCCCACAUCCUCGAUGAGCCCAUCGUCUUCGCGCGGAACCCGUAUCUACAGUUCCACUCGCCGCCGAUAACACCCACAAAGCCCCAUUCUCAUGCUCACGCGCCUGUGCUGGAUGGGGAUGGAGCGGUGUUUACACUCCCGCCGAGCGCGACGGGUCAUGAGCUGUGCAUCACCAUCUCACGCAGCGUCACGCCCACGUAUAGCGGCGACGACGACGACGCUCCCCCUCCUGCCCAGCAUUUCGAUGGAAAUGCAGACGAGCAAGGGAGGAAGACGAAACGGGUUAAGUCUGUGCACUGGGGUGCGGCGACUGAUGCGGAGCGAAGGUUUGCGGAGGAGGAGGGGAUAAGCUAUUAUGAAGUUGAGAGUGGUAGUGAUGAGGAGGAGGAUGAGGUUGUGUAUGAUUGGUCUGAUGAUGGGGAGGAAGGGGGUGAUGAGGAUGAUGAUGAGGAUGAUGAUGAGGAGGGCGAGGAGGGGGAAGAGGAGGGGGAUGGGGAUGAGGAGGCUUCGCUUUGCGGGAGUCAGGUGUCCACGAGGGGGGUUGUUGAUGCUGGUUGGUAG